AUGGGCGCCGAUUCAAUUCUCCCUCUGCAAACUCCGGCGAUGGGCGUGCACAUCUUCUUCCUGCCCUUCCCCGCGCCGGGCCACAUGAUCCCCAUGGUCGACCUCGCCUGCGCCUCCGCCGACUCCGGCCUCCCCGAGGGCUUCGAGAACCUCCUCGCCCUCCCCACCCCCGACUUCACCCCCAAGCUGUACGCCGCCAUCGACCUGCUGCAGCGCCCCUUCGUCGACCUCAUCCGACGGCACCGACCGCACUGCGUCGUCUCCGACCUGCAGUUCCCGUGGGCCAGCGACGUGCUUGGCGUGCCGCGCUUCGUCUUCCACGGCACCGGGUGCUUCCCCCACAUCGUACUCAGCACCCUCACCCUCCUCGCCCCACAAAAAGUCGCUUCCCGCGACAACGAGCCCUUCGCCGUCCCCGGCCUCCCCCACAACGUCGAGCUCACGCGCUCGCGCCUCCCCGGAAUUCUGAUCGCUCCCGACGAAUCUCUUAUCCGCAUGCACGAAGCCUACGGGAAGAGCGACGGCGCGGUGAUGAACAGCUUCUACGAUUUGGAGCCGGGUUACGCCGAUCUGAUGAAGCGAUGUGGCGGCAUGGAGGCGUGGCUCGUCGGGCCGGUGUCGGUGUACAAUGCGGAUAUAAAACACAAGGCGGUGAGAGGCGGCUCAGCCUCCGUCCGCUACAACGAUAUCUUGAAUUGGUUGGACGGCAAGAAGGAGCGAUCUGUGAUCUACGUGUGCUUCGGCAGCCUCGGCCGGUUCACAGUGUCCCAGCUUCGCGAGAUCGCACUGGGUCUCGAAAAUUCGGAGCACCCUUUUAUCUGGGUCGUGAGAUAUCACGGCGACCUGUCGGAGUUCCUCCCGGCAGGGUUCGGAGAAAGGAAGAAGGGCAUGGUCAUAAACGGGUGGGCGCCGCAGCUGGCCAUUCUGAGCCACGGCUCAGUCGGGGGGUUCGUGACGCACUGCGGGUGGAAUUCGCUGCUGGAGGGGGCGAGCGUGGGCGUGCCGAUGAUCACGUGGCCACUCUUCGCGGAGCAGUUCAUCAACGAGAAGCUGAUCGUAGACGUGCUGAGGAUCGGGAUCGCGAUUGGCUCAGAUAAGUGCUGCAACUACGCGGAGGAAAGAGCAGUAGUGGCGGCCGAGGAGGUGCGGAAGGCAGUGGGGGAAUUGAUGGGCGGCGGCAAAGAGGCGGAGGGAAGGAGGGCGAGGGCGAGGGAGAUCGGCCAGAAGGCGAAGAGGGCUGUGGAGGAAGGAGGGUCUUCUUACAAUGAGAUUGGCUCUCUCAUAGAGCAUAUGCGUGGCUUGAAGAUGAGCUAAUUACUAAAGUCUCGUUUGACUCUUUUAUGUCCUUUUCAUGCAUUUGUAGUUUGAAUGUGUUUACUUGAGUAUUGUACUGCGAAGUUGUUUCUAUCUAUCAAACAAUUUUUG